AUGGCGACCAAGCCGGUUAAGUCUCUCGAGUCCGAGGAGCAACGUCUCCACCGCAUCCGCAUCACCCUGAGCAGCCGUGAUGUCAAGGCCCUGGAGAAAGUCUGCACCGACCUGGUGACUGGCGCCAAGGCGAAGGAGUUGAAAGUUGCCGGACCCAUCCGCCUCCCCACGAAGAUCCUCCGGCUGAUGGUUCGCAAGUCCCCGUGCGGCGAAGGCACCAACACCUUCGACCGCUGGGAGAUGCGAAUCCACAAGCGUCUGAUCGACCUCCAUUCGCCCUCUGAUGUGGUGAAGCAGAUCACGUCCAUCUCCAUCGAGCCUGGCGUCGAAGUUGAGGUGACCAUCGCAGACCUGUGA